AUGAAAAUGGCCGCGGCAUUGUCCAACCAUUUUGAUCUGGUCUAUUCCGUCGGGACCUAUGCGCCUUUUUCCACUUGUGGAGACACCAAAAGACCCGACGUGAUCGUUCGCAGCGGGACCACCAUGAUUUUUGUCGAAUGCGAUGAACAUUCUCAUCACGAUUACAACACGACUUGCGAGUGGGCUAAACUGCUCAAUCAUAUGCAAAGCGGACUUGCCACCGAGGGAAUCACUUCUGUUGGAUUCAUCCGAUUCAACCCAGAUGCCUGGAAAGUCCGAGGCGAGACCGUUAGAACCAAGUGGCAAACUCGAAUGGACGUUUUGGUGAGUCACAUUCAAGAACUUUUGCUGGGAAGCAACUGGUCAGUUUCCUAUCUGUACUACCCGACGGAAUCAGAGAAUCCCAUUGAACGGAUUCCAUCAAAAGUCGUGCAACAAUGGCUCACAACCUUGUCCGCGGCCAAAUUAAAUGACAUUACGCCACCCGCGGCAUAA